AAUGCGAGCCGCGGGCCGCUCUGGCCCGUCCGGAGGACUCGUCGUCGGUGCCCGCGGCUCUCGUGGGCUCCGGUCGGCUGUGGGCGGGUCCGCCGUGCAGUCCGCUGUCGCCGCCGCCGUCUGCUUCGGCGCUGCGUUUUUAGGCCAUGGGGCAGCAGGAUGUGUGGCGGCUCCUGUCGAGAACUCUGCCAUUUCCAAAAUGUCCUACACUUGAAGCCUCACGGGUCAGCUCCCUCAGAAGAGCCAGGGUUGUUCUGCAGCAUCUGAGGAUGUCCGUGCACACAGAAGCCCCGGAAGUGUUGCUGGAGAGGAGGGGCUGUGCAGGAGUCAUAACACUGAACAGACCCAAGUUCCUCAACGCUCUGUCUCUCAGCAUGAUCCGGCAGAUCUACCCACAGCUGAAGAAGUGGGAACAAGACCCUGAGACGUUCCUGAUCAUCAUAAAGGGAGCUGGAGGAAAGGCCUUCUGUGCUGGAGGAGACAUCAGAGCACUCUCAGAAGCUAAAAAAGCAAAGCAGAAUUUGACUCAAGAUUUUUUCAGAGAAGAAUAUACCCUGAACAAUGCCAUUGCGUCUUGUCAAAAACCAUAUGUCGCCCUCAUUGACGGUAUCACAAUUGGUGGGGGAGUUGGUGUUUCCGUUCAUGGGCGAUUCCGAGUGGCUACCGAAAGGACCCUCUUUGCAAUGCCAGAAACGGGAAUAGGGCUCUUUCCUGAUGUGGGCGGCGGUUAUUUCUUGCCACGACUUCAAGGCAAACUGGGCUACUUCCUUGCCCUGACCGGGUUCAGACUGAAAGGAAGAGACGUGCACAGGGCAGGAAUCGCCACCCAUUUUGUAGAUUCAGAGAAGCUGCACAAGUUAGAGGACGAGUUGCUGGCCUUGAAGUCGCCCUCGGCAGAAGAUGUUGCGGGUGUCUUAGAAAGCUACCAGGCACAGUCCAAGAUGGAUCAAGACAAAUCUGUCGUAUUUGAGGAACACAUGGACAAAAUAAACAGUUGUUUUUCAGCCAAUUCUGUGGAACAGAUUAUUGAGAACUUACAGCAGGAUGGUUCACCUUUUGCCAUACAACAAUUAAAGGUGAUUAACAAAAUGUCUCCGACAUCCCUAAAGAUCACACUGAGGCAGCUCACGGAGGGCUCUUCCAAGACCUUGCCAGAGGUACUGACCAUGGAGUAUCGCCUAAGUCAAGCCUGUAUGGAAGGUCAUGACUUUGAUGAAGGCGUUCGAGCUGUUCUCAUUGACAAAGACCAGAGCCCCAAAUGGAACCCAGCCAGUUUAAAGGAAGUUACCAAUGAAGACUUGAAUAGCUAUUUUAAAUCUCUGGGAAGCAGUGAUCUGAAAUUCUGAGAUGGCCAGACCUCCUACAGUUUAUUUUGGAGCAACGGUCAGUAAACACAUCACAGAGGCUAGCUCGGUCUCUCAGCUUGCCCAUUUCCAGCGUGCAAACUGGAAAUGUUUCCCUUUAAGAGCUGCCAUGGUCAUGGCGUCUCUUCACAGCAGCAGAAACCCUAAGAUGCCAUGGCAUAUGCUGUAUGGCCCACAGCGUCUCAAGUGUCUCCUGUGAUCUUCAUCAGAAAUGACUUGCUGGGCCCUGGUUUCAAAGAUGGGAAACUCUCAAGUCCUCCAGGGUCUUGAGUUACAUUCUCUCCUUAAAAUGGUAACUCUGGCUCCCAGUGGUAGUUUAUAUGUUAAUUAAUCAAAUUAUGUAUAGAUAAUCAAAAAUAAAGACCCUGAAAUUUGGAGGGGGAUGUUAAUUAAUGCCUUACAAGUGUUCAUUUAAGAAAACGUGAAUUUGGAACAACACUUAACAGAAGAGUUACUCUGUAAACAGGAAGAGGAAGAGUCUCACUGGAAAAGAAGCUCCAUCUCCAGACUGCUGUCUCUGCCUCAGCUUUUCCGGGUCGUCGGAACAUACCUUCCUGCUAGAAAUGCAAGUUAUGCCUAUUAUUUGCAGGAUUUGCUAACCUGAAAGAAAUGAGGAAUUAAGAAACUCCGGUCUCUAAGACAGACACACCCUUGCUUUUCAUAAGUUAUAUCAAACUUUUGUAGGAAAAGUCAAAAGCAAUUUAAAAUAGAAAUGUCUUUUAGUAAUUGGAGGUUGACAGUUUUCAAAUAUUUUAUGUGUGUGCAUAUUUUGCCUGCAGAGCCAUAAGAGGGCCUUAGGUCCCUGGAUCUGGGGCUAAGGAUGAUUAUGGGUAACCACAUGGGCACUGGAAAUUAAACCUGGGUCCUCUGGAAGAGCAGCCAGUGCUCUGAAUUACUGAGCCAUCUCCCCAGCCCCUGGCAGAUUUAUGUUAGAAUAAUUUUAUAUUAGAGUCAGCUAAUCAUUUGUUUUGUAACUUGGUAUAAUUUCUCCUUCAUCCCAGGCUCCUGAAAAACUGAGGUAAGAACUAAACCAACAGAACUGAAGGGAACAUUGGGCUCAUGCCUGCACCUCCCCACGCAGGUGGAGGCUACUUUUCCUCAGCUCUUAAUUUUUAUCAUGACGGCCUUUUUCUCCAGACAGUUCAGAAAUAAUACCACGAUAUUGACCGCGUGUUACAGCUAUAUUCUUAAAGCUCCGAAAUGAGACCUUAACCCAAGGACUUGUCUGUGUCCAUGUUAGCAAGACAUACUAGAAGUCUUUAUGUGAGACAUCGGUGAACCACACCCCACAAGUGUUUGCUUCAAUCAAGUAAGUACUGAUAGCUCAUUUAGUUGGACUUUUAUUAUACUUACAAAAAAAAAUUUUUCACAAAAUUUUUUUGGGAAAAUAUAGCACUUCUGAGUUAACUCCUACAGAAGGGACU